UGGCUGUUUGGAGCGAAGAAGAAACGGAUUUGGCCACUCUGCUGACACACCAACCAAGCAAGCAGACACACUCACCCCAAGUGCGCAGCCACAGACACACAGACACACACACACACUCUCUCUCUCUCUCGCUCGCCUUCACCACCUCCAUUCAUUUACCCAAGACACAGCAGCUAGACACACGCACACACACACACACACACACACGCUUACACCACCAUGAGCGAAAGCAAGAGGGGGGAGCCACGCGACGACGCACCAAGCCCACCACUCCAAGUCUCCAGUCGCGAGGAAGAGAUCCUGCAAGAGCCGUACAACUACAUUACCCAAAUCCCAGGCAAGGAUAUCCGCAGCCAGCUCAUCCAAGCCUUCAACCUCUGGCUCAAGGUUCCAGAUGACAAGCUUUCCAAGAUCAAAUCAGUCACCAAGAUCCUCCACAACGCAUCCCUCCUGAUUGACGAUAUUGAGGACAACAGCAAGUUGCGCCGUGGCAUUCCUGUCGCACACAGCGUGUAUGGGGUCGCGCAAACCAUCAACUGCGCCAACUACAUGUAUUUCAAAGCAAUGGCAGAGAUUGCGGCGCUGGGACACCCUGAUGCAGCGCAGGUGUUCACAGAUCAGCUGUUGGAGCUGCACCGUGGCCAGGGCAUGGACAUCUACUGGCGCGACGCAUUUGUGUGUCCGACCGAGGACGAGUAUCGAACCAUGGUCCUCAGAAAGACGGGCGGGCUGUUCCAGCUUGCCGUGCAAAUCAUGCAGCUCUUCAGCGAUGACUCACGAGAUUACACCCCGCUUUUGAAUGCGUUUGGGCUGUAUUUCCAAAUCCGAGACGACUAUGCAAACUUGCAGUCAAAGGAGUACGAAGACAACAAGAGCUUCUGUGAGGACAUUACAGAGGGCAAGUUCAGCUUCCCCAUCAUCCACAGCAUCCGAGCCACACCGCACGACCGGCAGCUGCUGAACAUUCUGAAGCAGCGCACAACAGACGUGGAUCUCAAGCGCCACUGCCUCGACUGCAUGAAGCGAACGGGCUCCUUCGACUACACGAUGAAAGAGCUGAACCGCCUGGAAGUGCAAGCACGCGAUCUCAUCGCAAAACUCGGCGGCAACCCAAUCCUGUCUGCCAUUAUGGACAAGUUGACAAAGCUCCACCAUCCCGCCGAGGAUGCGUCGGCAGAAGCAACACCGGCCCCUUCCACGUCGUAAACACUCGCACAUCGGCUAGCUUGGAUGCGUAUAUUGUGCGUUGGUGUUUGUUGUCGGUUUUGUUUCAUGUCUUGUCUCACUUCACAAAAAUGUCUACUAUGGAUUGGAGCGCUGGCAAAGAGGUGCGACUCGCAUAACAGAGGCAAGGGAUACAGUGCACCAGGCAGAACACGAUGUUAACAGGCUGCUGUCCACGCAAUAAACGAACAACACGUGCA